GUACUGUUACCUUUGCAGGUGAAGCUGAUAAGACACCACUGAUUUCACAAUGGGCUCCAUCAGUGCAGCAAAUGCGGAAUUUUGUUUCAAUGCUUUCAAAGAGCUGAAAGUCCACCAUGCCAAUGACAACAUCUUUUAUUCCCCUCUGAGCAUCAUUUCAGCCCUGGCGAUGGUCUAUCUGGGAGCAAGAGGUAACACUCAAUCUCAGAUGGAGAAGGUUCUUCACUUUGAUAACGUUACAGAAGUUGGAGACACUACUGACUCCCAGUGUGGCACUUCUGAAUACAUCCACAAUUUGUUCAAGGAUCUUCUCUCAGACAUCACCAUGCCAAAUGCUACAUACUCACUCAAGAUCGCUGACAGACUCUAUAUUGAAAAAACAUACCCCGUUCUUCCGGAAUACUUAGAGUGUGCAAAGAAAUUCUACAAAGCAGGGCUGGAAGAAGUUAACUUCAAAACAGCUACAGAGGAAGCAAGACAGCUUAUUAAUUCCUGGGUGGAGAAAGAGACAAAUGGACAGAUCCAAGAUUUCCUUGUGUCAGGCUCUGUUGAUCUCGAUACUGUGCUGGUCCUUGUGAAUGCCAUUUACUUCAAAGGCAUAUGGAAGACAGCGUUUAAAGAAGAAGACACUCGGGAAGUGCCCUUCAAUGUGACAGAGCAAGAAAGCAGACCUGUGCAAAUGAUGUGUCAGAACAGUACCUUCAAAGUGGCAACAGUGGCUGCAGAGAAAAUGAAGAUCCUGGAGCUUCCGUACGCCAGCGGAGAGCUGAGCAUGUUGGUGCUGUUGCCUGAUGACGUCUCUGGCCUGGAGCAGCUUGAGAGCAAAAUCAGCUUUGAAAAACUCAUGGAGUGGACCAGUCCUAAUGUGAUGGAAAAGAAGAGAGUGAAAGUGUACCUCCCGCGCAUGAAGAUUGAGCAAAAAUAUAACCUUACAUCUGUCUUAAUGGCCUUGGGUAUGACUGACCUGUUCAGCCCUUUGGCCAAUCUGUCUGGCAUCUCUUCAGCAGAGAGCCUGAAGAUAUCUGAGGCCAUCCAUGAGGCAUACAUGGAAGUCAAUGAAGAGGGCACCGAGAUGGCUGGCUCAGCGGGUGUGGUGGAAGGCAUCAAACAUUCCUCUGAGUUUGAAGAGUUUAGGGCUGACCACCCAUUCCUUUUCUUGAUCAAACACAAUCCAACCAACAGCAUCCUCUUCUUUGGUAGAUAUUGUUCCCCCUAAAGAAAGAAAAUGCUGGAAAUAGUUCUUGCCUUCCCCUCAGAAACAGACCCCCUUUAAUGUAGUAUUGUAGUUUAAUCUCAUCUCUUCAAGAUUUUCUCCAAGUGGAAAGCCUUCAAUA